AGUAAAUGGAGCGACGUAAGAGAGGAAAGGCGACUCGUCGCUCGGAUCUUCUCCGUUCUUCUCCUCCUCCUCAUCCUCCUCCUCCAUCGCGGGCCACGUGACCGACAGCCGUCGCGCUCUUGUGUUGGCGGAGACGGCACCUUCAGAAUAUGUCGAGACGUCGUUCGCCCGGACGAACGUCCGAAAUCACGCUCUUCCGUCCACCCGUUCGCCUUUUCUAUUUCUGUAUUUGUCUGUCAGUCAUUCGCCUUUCCGCUAGCGGGAAAACUGACAUAUGUAAUUCCACUCAAUCCGUCUGUUGGUGCAAUGAAAUGCAUCUUGAAUGUAAAUACGAGGACCGACUGGACUCCAUCCCCGCCUUACCUAGUGAUAAGAAUCCCAAGUCCAUCAUCACCGUGAUCAUUGAAAAUCAAUCAAUGUUUAGAUUCCUCGAUGGAAAACAGCUACAAGUUUAUCCUAAUAUAGAAACGUUGACAGUUAAAAACUGUAGCUUAAGUUACAUAUUCCCGAAUGCCUUUAGGUCAACUUGGAAAUUAAGACAAAUGUACAUUGUAGAUCUACCCAAUAAAUUUGUUAGACAUGUAAUGGUGUGA